CCCUAUCUCCCAUUCUUCACUCCCCUCACUUCUACGAUCUCUCGCUCUCAUCUCUCUCUCAAAUCUCUCCCACUCUCAUCUCUCUCUGUGAGUUAACAUAGCUACUAUGGCUCUGGAAGCGAUGAAUUCACCCAAAAUCCCAACCCCUCCGCCCCUCAAUAACUACAAGCCCCUCAAUAACAACACAAACAGCGCUAGCACCAGCACUACCACCACUCUUCUUCACAAUUCGGAGCCAUGGAUGAAGAAGAAGCGCUCGAAACGACCCCGUUCCGAGACUCCGCCGCCGUCUGAAGAAGAGUAUCUCGCCCUCUGUCUCAUCAUGCUUGCUCGCGGUGGCGCCGCCGCCUCUCCCACCCCUAUCCACCGCCAAGAACCACGUGAAGUACUCUCCGAUAAUCAUGACGCCAAUACAUACAAGUGCGGUGUGUGUAACAAGGCUUUCUCGUCUUACCAAGCUCUCGGCGGCCACAAGGCCAGUCACCGUAAAACCCUAGCCACCGCCGCCGAAGAUAAAAACAACAACUCCGCCAACUCCAACGGAACCCUAACUACGAACUUAGGGUUGAACCCUAGCGGUAGGGCCCACGUCUGCGCUAUCUGCCACCGCUCUUUCCCUACAGGCCAGGCUCUUGGCGGCCACAAGCGCCGCCACUAUGAAGGCAAUAUCAACGCAACCGCCGCAAGUGGAAGCGCAGCCACCGUGGUAUCCUCGUCGUCGGUACCGGCAGGGUCAACUCAGAACCGGGGGUUUGACUUUGACCUAAACCUCCCCGCGUCACCUGAAGAAGACUCGCCGUUGGAAGUGAUCGUUGACUUUAGUCGGGGAAGUCAACUUUCCGGUGAGCAAGAAGUGGAGAGUCCCUUGCCUGUGAAGAAACCGCGUUUCUUAAUUCCCAAUUAUUGAAUUCUAUAUUUUUCGAUCGCCAUUAUUGAAAAAUUAAAUUUAGUUGUCAGAUACGAUAGCAAAUUGUUAGGUAUCAAAUUUUUGUAUGCAAAUUUUUACGAGUAUGGUUUGUAGAAGGCUUUCUGUUGGAGUACUAUUGAGUAUUGAUUCGUUAAAUUGAUUGGAUUAUUUGUUUGUUUAUUAUUCGGUAAAAUUGUAAUUUAGAUAAAAUUGCAUGGAAGUCCAUGUGAAGAUGCACAUGUUUAGACAUGA